AAAAUGCUUCAAUUUUUAAAAUCUUCCUUACCAAAACCAAAUAUUUUUGCUUUUGAUGAAUACUUUAUUAAAGCUUUUUGGCGUUGGGGAUUGUUGGUUUAUUGCUUAAGAUGGCCAUUAUUGUUAUUACCUUUUUUGUUGACUGGAAUUUUAAGUAUUGGAUUUGUUUGGAUUGAAGAACAGACUACAAGGGACCCACUUUUUGUUUUUUCACCAGAAAAUGCCCGUUGGAGGUAUGAAAGAGCUGUUUUAACUCAACAUUGGCCUUUGGAUGAACAACAUUUUUGGCCUGGAAAAUCUUAUGAUUACAACGGUUAUGUGGAUGUUAUUGCUGCUGGUAGAAGAAGAAAAUCUAAUUUUGAUCCGGAAGGAGUGGCUAGACCAAAUAUUUUGCUGAGUGGAUAUUUGAAUGAAUUGGAAAGGAUAAAUGAGUAUAUUAUUCACAAUUUAACGGUGCCACUUCAAUUACCCAACAACAAUCAAACUUUACAAAUUUCCUUUACCGAUUUGUGUAUGACGUAUGCAUGGAAAUGUUAUGAAAAUGAGCAUAUUACAAUGUUACAACCUAAAGGGCAUUGGACUGGAAGUGGGGGGUUUUUAAAGGCAGAAAUUGUUGAAUUGGCUAAAGAUAUUAUUGAAAAAGAGGUCAAAAUAACUUACCCAAUAGGUUGGAGAGGUACCGAACCUUUAUAUUUUGGAGCACUUGUUGGAGGUGUACAUUUAACUGAUUUUGAAGGACAUUUUAAUUAUGCUAGUGCUAUUCGUUUAACUUAUAAUGUUCGAGAUGGAAAUUUAAUUGGACAAGUUAGUGAAAGAUGGAGGAAGAAAUUGGCUGAGGUUUUUUUGGAAAUUAAAAAAAAAUUUUUUUAGGGGGUCGUGGAUUCGAACACGCUCCGGGCCCCGAAUUUUUUUUG